GUUUCCUUUCGGGACACAUCUCUGUAGCUGUAUUUCCACUCCCCCCCUCCCCCACAAAAUUUUCGACCGUGGAAGUGGAACCGGUGAGGCAAAGGAAUGGAAGCUGCUGGUGGUCGAUGCUGUGCCCAGAACUGCCGUCUGCAACUGGAUCUAAUCACUGACAGUGUCAAAACAGAAAGAGAGGGAGAAGCUGCCAUCGUGGGGCAGCUGAAUGUAGUAGGAGCUUUUCUUGGCUGUGAAGGAGUGAGAAACCAGAGCUGCCUGAUGGAGAGCUUGAUUGAAAAGGAGAUGGGAGCACGAAGAACUGCAUACAGUGUGUGGCUGUGAACCCUGUGAUGAUAUCUCCUACAGCUCUUACUUGGCAAUCUGGAAAGAUUUGACAGGAACUGCUGUGGGGACUGAAGGAACCUGGAGAUGAAGGUGUUUCUUGAACUCUUCAUCACAGAACUGUCGUGUUUUGGGAUAUCCUGCUUAAACUCUGGAAGAAAAACUGCCAACAGCCCAAAAUGACCUGAGCUGGAUAGCUGCUGCAUUAUCCCCAGGACCAGCUUGCUGCCCUGUGUUCUGUGUGCCACUUGGAUGCACCAUACACUAUGGUUCACAUCAAUGUGCUGAAAAAGCUCACGUUUGUUCUUGUGGUGAUACUGUUGGCGCUGAGCGUUUGCCUGUGGAGAGAGACGAGAAGAAGCUACUACAUUCCCUUCAAGACUGAGAGUGAUGACUUGCAAGUUCACAGGACUUCAGAAAAAUGGAACACACUUAAAUCACAGGGUCUUUCCCAUGGGGCAGCCAAUGAAUUGGGUCAGAUACCCAAAACAUGGCUUGGUAGCCACAAUGAAGUGAAAGGCAGCACCUCUGGAACAGCUGAGAAGUUCAAGAAAGCAGCAGACUCUAUGAAAGUAUGGGAUAAGGACAGCUCAUCCAGAAAUCUCAUACCUAGGCUGCAGAGGGUCAGAAAGAAUUACCUGUCCAUGAACAAGUACAAUGUGACUUACAAUGGGAAGAGGAACGCUGCUAAACUCAGCCCAGAGAAGCUGCUCUGCCAGCUACGGGACAGGGUGGACGUGACCAUGAUACAGGGAGUGGAUAGUCCUUUUGAUACCUCUGAAUGGCAGAACUACUUACCAGGGAAAAGCCUCAAUGAAACUGUGGGCCACCUGGCUCGCUGUGCUGUCGUGUCCUCAGCAGGGUCUUUGAAGUCAUCUCAUCUGGGACAAGAAAUAGACAGUCACGAUGCCGUUUUGCGAUUCAAUGCGGCUCCCACCAAGGGCUUUCAGGAGGAUGUGGGGCAAAAGACAACAAUUCGCCUUGUGAACUCCCAGCUUGUCACUGUUGAGGAGCAGCAGUUCCUGAGGGAAGCACUAUACAACACUGGAAUCUUGAUUGUUUGGGAUCCAGCACCCUAUCAUGCAGAGAUUCAUGAGUGGUACAGAAAACCAGACUACAACUUUUUUGAAAGCUACAAGUUGUAUCGUGGUAAACAUCCAGAGCAGCCCUUCUAUAUCCUGAACCCAAAAAUGCAGUGGCAGCUCUGGGAUAUUCUGCAGGAGAAUUCCCUGGAGCAUAUUCAGCCUAAUCCACCGUCAUCUGGAAUGCUUGGCAUUGUGAUCAUGAUGACGCUCUGCGAUGAAGUGGAUGUGUAUGAAUUUCUCCCUUCCAAACGGCAGACAGACAUUUGCCACUACUACCAGAAGUUUCAUGACCGUGCCUGUACCAUGGGAGCCUACCACCCCCUCCUGUUUGAGAAGAACUUGGUGAAGCACAUCAACCAGGGCACAGAUGAGGACAUCUAUACUCAGGGCAGAGUCACUUUGCCCGGCUUCCGAAACGUGCGCUGCUAGCGGAAUGGUUCUUAGUCUGGUUAGGAUUUGUUCUUGACUGUCAAAGCACUUUUAAAAUCAGGGUUGUCAGAUGUGUUAUGUUUAAGCACUGGUGGAUUUUGACAGCUCUUCUGUGCUGCGAGACUUUUGCUUAGGACUUGGUUGCCCAACUUCUGCCAGCUGCACAGCAGCCUUCCUACAUUGUGCUACGGCUGUGGGCUGCCUGCAUGAGCCGCUGCAAUGAAUUUGCUCCCGGUAGAGCCAGACUCGUGCAGCAGGUGGAUAGUUCUGUCUUCAUCUCAAGCAAUGAUGGUGUAUGGGAGGCACAGGAGAUGCUUUCUAAGCAGAGAUUGCACAAGUCAGAUCAAAUGCCAAAUACAGUUUGGUUUGCUUCAAAGGUGUUCUGACAGCCAAAAUCCUGCUCCUGAGAAAAAUAAUGUCAAGCUUGUUCCUGUAGUCCUAGGAGCUCUUUAGAGCCAUGCUGGUUUAUGGGAACCAUGCUCAAAGCUGUGUGCUGAGAAGCUAAACUCCUAGUCCAAAACGUGGCUUUUAUAAACAGUUUGUAACACAACCCUGGCCACUCCCUGUCAAAGGGUGAGACUUCUGAAACUGUUCAGGUGGCAUUUUUGGCAAAGGAAGAGGGAGGCAAUUUGCAGCUCAGUGACCCUUGAAAGACUUGUAAAGCUUUGAACUUUUUUAAUUGCUUGAAGUAAAUUUUAGUGAAUGUCUGCUUCUCCAGUACAGUGCUGUGUGUGGUACAGAAGAAGCCUUAUUGCAGAAGCAGUUUGGGGCAGAUGCUCCAAGACACAAGUGGAAGAGCUGACUGGAAGUUGGUACCUCUUUCCAGCUCUCUGCUGGUCUACUUUUGCAGUUGUUAGCAAAUCACUUGCUGGCUUGUCUCUGGUAACAGAAGUACCAUGUAGCUGCUGCUAGAUGAGUUCCAGUUCUUGGCAAGCUGACUGAAGUUACCUCAGCUGCUGUGUGCUUUUGCUGAAGAGGUGUGGAGCAGACGCAUCGCUUCCACGCUUGAUGAGUGGUGGGGAGGGAGAGUGUGCACUGCUGCUCAUGCAGAACCACAGGCAGAACUGAGGGUUGUGCUGAUCUGUUUCAUGAUGUCUGUAAAGAAAGCUUUUUCUUCUUCUGUUUUGAAUAAAUCCUGUGAAAUCA